GAGUUUUGGUAAAGGAACAAGUACAGUCUAGUUUUGUUCAUCCCGUCCCUGAAGCGUUUAUUCUCAUAUGAGGUCCGGCUCCUGUAAAUCGCUCCUGCUGCAGCAGGAAUGGCUUCCGGCGGAGAAAAGAAUAAAAACUGCCGUUUUUAGACCAAACAGACGUUGCUGGGGGUCUGCGCGCGCGCCCGUGUGCGCCGGGGCGCGCGCUCGCGUCUUUAGUCUGAGAGCUGAGAUUUGAAAGUUGGAGCAGAAGAUCCCGGUUGGUUUAAAAGCCUCAGAGGUUCUGGAGGAAGGUGGAUGAAGAGGACAGGUGCUCCUCAGGAGAGCCCUGAAGUUCCUCCAGAGUGAUGGAUGCAGAGGUGGUUCUCCAGGGGGAAGACGGCGAGGGCUCCUGGACGCUGCUGUCCUUGUCGGCGUCCCUCCUCAUGGUGUUUGGCGGCGCCCUGCCGUACGUCCCUCAGUAUCAGGAGAUCCAGAGGAGCAGCAACACCGAGGGCUUCUCCACCAGAGUCUGCCUGGUUCUGCUCAUAGCCAACAUCCUGCGCAUCUUCUUCUGGAUAGGGAAGCAGUUUGAGCUGACGCUGCUGCUCCAGAGUGUGGUGAUGAUCCUGACCAUGUUUGCCAUGCUGCACCUCUGCUGCACCGUCCACAGCACCAACCGAGUGAGCACCAAGCAGCAUCGGCUCACAGACUGGGACUUGCACUACUUCUGGAGGUGGAGUGCCUUUGAGGACUACCUGCUCUUCUGCUUCGGCUUCACCGUGGCCUCGGCUGUGGUCACCCUGCUGCUGCUGGACUCCGCCAUGUUUGUUGAGGCGCUCGGCUCCCUGGCGGUGAUGUUCGAGGCGAUGCUCGGCGUCCCGCAGCUGCUGCAAAACCUCCACAACCGCUCCACCAAAGGAAUGAGCGUAAAGAUGGUUCUGCUCUGGACGGCAGGCGACGUCUUCAAGACCACCUACUUUGUGAUGAAUGAAAGCCCGGCUCAGUUCUGGGUCUGUGGCUCAGUUCAGAUCCUCACCGACGUGGCCAUCCUGCUCCAGGUGCUGCUCUACAGCCAGGACCCCUGGGCCAGGCCCCGGUAAAGAGGACCCUUCUGGGAGAAGAAGUGUGUUGGGGACGUGAGAAUAAGAAGAAAAAGCCAAAGUAAAUGUUUUUAGUACCUUUUCUCUGAUUAAGCAUCAGAGACUCAGCCAAAACUAAAAUUGUUCCUGGAGGAAACCCAGUCAGAACCUGGUGUUUAAAUGCAUUUCUAGUUAUUUUUCUACUAAUUAUUGGCCCGCUGCAGAUUAUUAUUUGGAGCCUUCAGUGUUAUUAGGCGAGGAAACCUUGGAGGGAAGUAUUAAUCACCUUGGCAGCUCCCUAACAGCACCAGCCGUGCUGCUGUAAUGGCUCCUGCAACGACCGGUCCGUCAGCAGAACCUCGGCGCUGGAACCGGCCGUCUGACUGAUGGAGCUCCGGCUGCACGGCCCUCUCUCCUCUGGACUGUUCUCCGCCUGUAAAUCAGGCUGCAGGCGUGUUGAUGUUCUGGUCUGUAGCUGAAAUCCAUGUUUGCUGCUGGGAUCAGUCCGAGGCUCCGGGACGAAGCAGAGCUUGGUUUGCAGGUCAAACGUCAGACUCAGACUAAUUCUGGGUUUGUCUCUGAACCGAGGCCAUGUGAAAGUUUUCAUACUGAGUCACAAUCACAAAAUAUUUAACAUGCAACAUAAAUGCAUAUAAGGUCGAUUUAUGUUCUUUGUUCUAAAUCUAAAUGUAUCUUUUAGUAUUUGUGGCAUUUCUCUUUUAUGCGGUUCUCCAGUUUCUGCUCCUUCAGAAAGAAGAACACCAGUAAGGAACGUUUUUUUAUUCAUUUCAGCCGUUCAGACGUAGAAAAGUUGUUUGAAAAUGUCUAAUUAUCAGCGUUAAAUUUCAUUGCAACUUUUUACUUUAGUAAGUUUUUCAGUACUAAUUGUAAUUCAGUCAAAAAUCACAGUUUAGUCAUUUAAAGUCUGGUUUUAGUCAACUAAAGUCUGUGAGGAGAACUUUAGGGCCCUUCAUUUCUUUGCGUGUAGAUAAAGUAUUUAACCAAGAGUGAAACUAAAUUAAAGUUAGUUAAAGUUAGAUUUUCCAGCAGAGAUAUGGUUUAAUGUUUGAUCUUUCAAGCAACUUCCUUUGCAUUUUAUUCAUAAACAGGAUGUGCUUGUUUGUAAAGAUAAAUUCUCAUUGGCUCUUACUUUAAUGUGGUUUAAAUAUUCCUAACAACCGUAAUCUGUGCUUUCCUUAUAGUUUUAUUACGUCUGUAUGAGUUUUGAUUUAUUUUUUGCUUUAUUAUUCUUUUCUGAGGAAAAGGUCAGAAUGUUUCUU